UUAGGCAAGACCACAGAUUUGUGCGUAUUGCUUAAAUUUUAUAAUAGAAUUUAUAUGAAUUGCUUUCUAUUAAAUCGCGCAGUGUAUUUUUUCACGCUAUCAAGUUAAAUUGCAAGUGUACAUUGUAAUCAGUUUAAAAUAAUUGAAAAUACAGUGUGAAACAAUGAGUGAACCUGCUAAACAUUUGGAUUUAAACUCUGACCCCAGUUUAUCUAAUGUUGGAGUAAUUCCUACAAGUGAUUCGGCAGCCCAUUAUAUAAACCCGAUGCCAUCUACUUCAACAUACGUACCACCUGUUUUACCUCCUAGACCUGAAAUGGGCAUGAAUAAUUAUGGGAUAGGGAUGAAUAAUGGAAUGUAUGGAGGAAUGGGUGGUGCAUAUGGUAUGGGUGGGUCUUAUGGUAUGGGUGGGUCGUAUGGUAUGGGUGGAUCUUACGGUAUGGGUGGAUACAGCUAUGGAGGUAUGGGUGGAUAUGGAAUGGGUUCAUAUGGCAUGUCACCAUAUGGAGGAUAUAAUAGAUAUGGGCCCAUGAAUGGUGAUAUAGAAAGCAGAUUCAUACAAAUGGCAGAAGAUAGUUCUCGACCGGCAUUUGACUCUAUACAGAGUUUAGUCAAUGCGGUGGGAAGCGUAGCGAUGAUGUUGGAAAACACAUUUUUUGCUCUAACCAGCUCAUUUAGAGCAAUAUUAGGCGUAGCAGAGAACUUUGGAAGACUGAGAUCUCUGUUCGCACAAUUCUGGUCCACAUUCGCUGUCCUCCGGACGCUGAACUGGCUUGUGAGGAAGCUCCUCGUCUUACUCGGGAUCCGAACGGAGAACGAGUUCAAGGCCUGGGCGGAGGCCGUGGCUGCGACUCAGUCUGGUACAGCCAGCCCUGAGCAGAAGGCCAAGGGCUCAAGCUGGCCGAUAAUGCUGUUCUUCGGCGUGAUCGCGGCGGCUCCUUACAUAGUCUUCAAGAUGAUGAAUGGCCUUUCUAAUAGUAUCCAUGAAAAACUAUACGACCCGAACUCUUGGCAGAAUCCAUUGCGUGCAGUCGCGCAAUUCGAUUUUCAAGCUACGUCACCACAGGAGAUCUCCUUUAACGCUAACCAGGACUGGGCGGAAGCCGUGGCUGCGACUCAGUCUGGUACAGCCAGCCCUGAGCAGAAGGCCAAGGGCUCAAGCUGGCCGAUAAUGCUGUUCUACAGCGUAGCUGCGGCGACUCCUUUCAUUCUCAUCAAGAUAAGGAACUUCAUUUCUAACAGAAAACAGGAAAUAAUAGACGACCCGAACUCGUGGCAGAACCCAUUGCGUGCCGUCGCAUUAUACGAUUUUGAAGCUUCGUCACCACACGAGAUCUCUUUCCACGCUAAUCAAGUAAUAACCUUGGCUCCUCAGCAUUUACAGGGAGAGUUGUGGAACUCCUAUUGGCGAGUGGGGACUGCGGACCGACAGCGCGUGGGUUUCGUGCCCUUGAAUCACUUAAACGUUAUCGAAUAGGAUACCUAAAAGCCGGAAGAUGAAGAUGUUAGCACGACAAAGAAAAGAAUAUGAUAAAGCUGAAAUAUUGGAAACUCAAUUGCGGAAAUCUAUAAUUAUCCAAAUGUUUUGAGUUUUCUUUAAUGUUAAGUCCGCCAAUAUUUGUCUUCAAACAAUUCGACACGUGUUUCGCCUCUAGACGAGGCAUCCUCAGAUGUUGAUUCGCCAAACUCUGGCACGAGACUGUUUCGUGGCAGUAAAUAUUAGUGGAAUCAACACUAAAGAAAACUCAAAACACUUGGUUAAUAUAUUUUUCCUUUGGCUAAGUACCUAUAUGUAAAACGGGUAAUAAGUACUUAUUCUUAAUAAUGUUUUUUUUAAGCUUAAGUGGGGAGGUUAAACAACUAAUAAGAUGUCUGCCCCGUUGAAAUUUAUAUAGGUACUGGAGUCAAAUAAUAUGACUCCUAGUAAACUUCUAUAAAUAUUUAGAAAUACAAUGUUUACCUAGCAGAUGAAAGAAAUGCAAAUUAAAUUUAAGAAUGAAAAUAAAAUAUUCGAUUAUGUAUCUUAAAUUAUUAUUCAUAUAAUUUAAAAACAUAAUCGAAUAUGCAAGUUUAAAAUUAGUGAAACGGGAUUUAUAAAAGUUUAAUUGCGAUAUUGAAUUUUUACGUACGUACGUCAGUACUCAUUACGUCGAUUCUACAAAACAAAACAUGCACAAAAUAGUAACUAGUUCAGUAUAUCGUGUUUCGUUAACGGUUAAUACCUACUGAAUAUAAUUUUAUCCAUGCAUUGGUUAUUUAAUUAUUAUAUUUUCUUGCAUUUCUUGCUUUAUGCUGUAUUUUUUACUCUUUAGCAUAAGGUUCGUGUGGAAACUGCGUAAAAUGGAAUGGACUGAAUGUGAAAAUAUUAUAAUAUAUGCAUUAUUUAAAAU